AUGCUUGUUGAAGGCAGAGUUGUCAAAAGUCUUACAAGUGGCCUUAUUCUAAGUCCAGAAAUUCCUCAAUCAGAUUCUUAUUUUAUACACAGUCCUACAGUGACAGGAAACAUGCCAACUCAAUCCCUCUUAGUAUAUAUGGAUGGGCCGGAAGUUAUUGGCAAUUCUCUUGGCAGCCAGAUGGAGCUAGAUGAUGCCAUGUCAAUAAAAGGGACAGCCGCUGUUCCUUUCAGAGCCACACAAGAAAAGAACAUCAUCCAAAUCGAAGGCUACACGCCCUUGGACUGCAUGUUCUGCAGCCAGACCUUCACCCACUCUGAGGACCUCAAUAAGCACGUCCUGCUGCAGCACCGGCCCAUCCUCUGUGAGCCUGCAGUUCUGCGUGUUGAAGCAGAGUAUCUCAGUCCUCUUGAUAAAAGUCAGGUGCGAGCAGAACUCCCCAAGGAUAAAAGUGGCAAAGAAAAUGAAGACUUGAGCUGUGAAGUGUGUGGGCAGACAUUCAGAGUAGCUUUCGACGUGGAGAUCCACAUGAAAAAACACAAGGACUCUUUCACCUACGGGUGUCACGUGUGCGGACGGAGGUUCAAGGAGCCCUGGUUUCUGAAGAACCACAUGCGAACGCACAAUGGCAAGUCGGGGGCCAAGAGCAAGCUGCAGCAGGGCUUGGAGAGCCCGGCCACCAUCAACGAGGUUGUCCAGGACCAAGCCGCUGAGAGCAUCUCCUCUCCUUACAAAAUCUGCAUGGUUUGUGGCUUCCUAUUUCCAAAUAAAGAAAGUCUAAUUGAUCACAGGAAGAUGCACACCAAAGACACAGCUUCCGGUGGCAACAGUCCCCAAGCAGACUCUGAGCAGGCAGGGAUGCCAGCCCCGGGAGAUGAGUUCCUACAGUUCCUAAACCUGAGACCCAAAGCUCACCCUGAAACUGCAAAGCAGCCCGCCAGAUGGAUACCUCAGCUUGACCCAUUCACCACCUACCAGGCCUGGCAGUUGGCCACCAAGGGCAAAGUCGCGGUCUGCCGGGAGGUGAAGGAGCAGCCCGGGCAGGAAGGGAGCACCGACAAUGAUGAUUCUGACAAAGAAGAGCUUGGAGAAAUUUGGAAUGUGAGUAAAAGCCACCCCGAAGGUUCUGGAAAGUCCAGAACCAAUAAGAGUGGUUGUACAGGCCUCGCUCAAGAUAAGGAGAAGCCUAGACACGCCAAUGGUGAAGUGCCUUCUGGGGACGCGGACCCCAAGUUGCCCAGUAAGAGUGAGAAGCCCACGCACUGCUCCGAGUGUGGCAAGGCGUUCAGAACCUACCACCAGCUGGUCCUGCACUCAAGAGUCCACAAGAAGGACCGGAGGGCGGACGCCGAGUCUCCGACCAUGUCUGCGGAUGGCAGGCAGCCGAGGACAUGUUCUCCGGACCUAGCUGUCACCCUGGAGGAAAAUGGAGCCACCGAUCGAGAAGGUGGCUCUGAAGAUGGAUCUGAGGACGGGCUUCCCGAAGGCCUCCAUUUGGAUAAAAAUGACGAUGGAGGCAAAAUAAAGCAUCUGACAUCCUCAAGAGAAUGUAGUUAUUGUGGAAAGUUCUUCCGUUCAAAUUAUUACCUCAAUAUUCAUCUCAGAACGCAUACAGGUGAAAAACCAUACAAAUGUGAAUUUUGUGACUAUGCUGCAGCCCAGAAGACCUCUCUGCGGUAUCACUUGGAGAGACAUCACAAAGACAAGCAGGUUGACGUUGCCGCCGAGGUCAAGAGCGAUGGGAAAAACCAGGAGACGGAAGAUGCACUACUCACCGCCGACAGUGCGCAAACCAAAAAUUUGAAAAGAUUUUUCGAUGGUGCCAAAGAUGUGAAAGGCAGCUCACCUGCCAAGCAACUUAAGGGGAUGGCCCCUGCCUUUCAGAAUGUUCUGGGCAGUGCUGUCCUCUCGCCAGUACACAAAGAUACUCAGGAUUUCAAUAAAAAUGCAACUGGAGAUAGUGCUGAUACAACAAGCAGAAACUCUGCCCCUGCUUAUUUGGACAUGUUAAAGAAGAGACCAGCCACAGAACCUCAGGCCAGUAGCCUUGGCCGCAGAACAGAAGUGGGCAUCCUGCCUCAUCCUCACCCAGACGCCCCUGCUGCCUGGAAGGCCGAAGUCGGCCUCAAAGAGAAGGUGGCAGAGGUGGCACCCGAUGGCAGAGUGAAGCCUGGCAUGGACUGUCAAGAAAAACCUUUAAAUCUAUCCCUCGCGCUUCACAGCUGCCCAGCAAUUUCUUUGAGCAAGAGUUUAAUCCCAAGUAUCACCUGCCCAUUUUGUACCUUUAAGACCUUUUAUCCAGAAGUUUUAAUGAUGCACCAGAGAUUGGAGCAUAAAUACAAUCCCGACGUUCACAAAAACUGUAGAAACAAGUCUUGGCUUAGAAACAGGCGCACUGGCUGUCCGCCGGCUCUCCUGGGAAAAGAUGUGCCUCCCUUGUCCAGUUUCCCCAAGCCCAAGCCCAAGCCCAAGCCCGCCUUCCCGGCCCAAUCCAAGACCCUGCCGUCGGAGAAGGGGAAGCCGGGCCCUCCAGGGCCAGGCAAAGCUCCUCUGACCUCAGGGACUGACUCUAGCACUUUAGCCCCCAAUAACCUGAAGUCGCACAGGCCUCAGCCCAGCGUCGGGGCGCAGGGAGCUCCUGCCGCCAGGCAGCAGCCCUCAGAGAUGUUUUCUAAAAGCGGAGUUUCUCCUGCCCCAGAGAAAACGAAGAGGCCAGAGACGAAGUUCAAAGCCCCGGGGGUCUCGGUGUCCCAGCCCGCGCUGGGCAACAGCACCGUCAACGGCUCAGCCGACUUCCCGACCAAGCACGACAGCCUGUGGGUGCCCCCGGGACUAGACUACUUCUGUGGCCGGAGCACGGGUGGCGCUGGUCCGGAGCUUGGAGAGCCGCUUCCCAAACGGCUGAAAGCCGGGCCGGCGACUCAGGAUGCAGAGCAGCCCGGGCCCCACUACAGAAGGGGCCUCGACCUGCCCAAGUACCCCUUGGUCCGCGGAAUCACGUCGCUGCUCCCCCAGGAAUACGUGUGCUCGCCACCAGUGGUGCUGCCCCCCAAGCCACGGUUCCUGGCUUCGGGUGAGAUCGACUCUGCCAACGUGCUGACGGUGCAUAAACCCUACAGCGGGCCUGGGCCGCUCUAUACGUGCACCCCCGGAGGCCCGGCAGCCGGCGCGGGGCUGGAAGGAAAAAGGCCUGUGUCGUAUCAACACCUAUCCAACAGCAUGCUACAAAAGAGAAACUAUGAGAAUUUUAUUGGGAAUGCACAUUAUCGGCCAAAUGACAAAAAAACUUGAUUUCCUAUUUUGGGGAAGGAAGGUCUUGAUGGAUGUGUGUGCUCCCCGUGAAGUUGUUAGUUCAUCCUUAGAGAAAGCGAGCAGUGAAAGCUACUGAAAUAAGCUGUGAUUGUACUGUACAUACGACGCAAGGAACACUACGUGCCGCAGAGUGGUUCUGUUAACUUUUGUACCAAAUAGCAAUAAAAACUGUAGUUGGAACAGUUGGGUUGUAUACAAAUGGAGAAUGGAAAUCUCUAUUUUGUUCCUGAAUAAUAUUUUUUUUUUUUAGAGUUGACCAAAUAAGGGGUUUUUGCAUACUUGAGCGCUGCUGAAAAGAAUCAUUUGGGGUGGGGUGGGGAGAAAGUAUAUAAUGCUUGCACCUCAGGUAAAAUCUGUAUAUACAUAAGUUGUACUUGCUUGUUUCAAUACCCUGUGUAUUUUUCUCAUGUAGCUCAUCACUUUUGAGCAGUUUCUGCUAUUUCAUUUAAAAUGUACGUUUUUAAAAAAUGUUCUUGAUGAUUUGUAUUAUGUUAAAUUGUCUACAGUCUGUUGUCUUAAAAUUGUUAAUGGAAGUAUUGACCCUCUGUGAAUGUGUGCCGCGUAUAUCUAGCUCAGCUACUCGGAUUUGGUACCCUUUUAUCACAAAUAUUACUGUCAGCCGAGGAAGAGCCGCUCCACGGUCCUUUUUGGGGAUCAGGUGUUUGUGGGACGGUUAAGUGUCUGCAGAGCAGCAUUUCCUCUGUGGAGCAGCCAGCUGUCCAGCAAACACACCAAAGUGUAUGUGGAGCUACUGAAAUUAGUCUCAAAUGAAUCAUUUUUGUUGGAAAAUUCAGUUUUUUAGGCAUUUGCCUAAAUUAGUAGGUAAAAAGUAUAAAUUAUACAUGGGAUAUACAGAUAUUAGAAGCAGUUUUCAAGGACAUGAGUGUUUUGGGGUAAAUGUUAGGUUUGUAUUUGGAAGUCUUGGUGCAGCUGCAUUGGAGUCAACAGUGAGCACAUUCAGACACGUUGGUUCUGAAUCCAAAGUGCCAGCCGAGCCUCCUGCUAACGGGGAGGAAAUGGCCUGUUUCUGUACCUCCUCUGUCUUCCCAUUUUUGGUUUUAAAGCAGCAUUUUCUCAGUACGCAUCAGUUUGCGUUUUAGAGGAUAGCCACCAGUUGGCUUGCUGGGUGUUUUAAAAUUCCGGCCCCUUGAUGGGCAGUCCGUAGCUGAGCUUCAGCAGUUCCUGGGUUUAACAACCACAAAACAUUUUACUAAGAAAACUAUUUGAAAAAUAAUUUUGCACUGUUAAUGUUUCUUGUCUUGAGGGUAAAGUCCUAACCGCAUCCUGAUUUUUUUGUUGUUUUCAUUAUGCAACAUGAAGCGUAAUUGAUCGUGAAGCCAACUCCCGUGUGACAGGGAGACUGACUGGCGAUCAGCCUGCUGGCCUUGCCGCAACGUGCUUCGUAUCAGGAAAGUGUACACUAUUAACCCCUUUUCCUGUUCACAAGCUGAGCCAUAUGUACAGAAUCUAGGUUUUUGGUUCCAUAGUUUUGCACUUUUAUAGCCUAUUUUUGAAGAUUUAACACACGUGCGAAGAUGAUUGACUUGAUCGUUGCUAAUCCAAUGAUUGUUACAGAAAGCUUGCUGUGACUAUAAGUGUAAAUCUUAAAAGGGGAUAUAUCAGAGUAGAGGGCUGAAACUUAAACCUGUAUUUAAAAACAAAUCACCAAAUCUAUGGGAAAACAAGUCAGUUCGUGUUAUGCUGAAAUUAUGGGGGUUUUCAUAUUCUCCUUUCUAACCACAUUUCUAAAAGCAUAAAAAUACCAGUUUUUUUCUUUUCUUACAGCCCUGUAUUCCAAAAUAUGUUGUUGUUAUUUUUUGUCCAUCAGUAUUAACUAUUGGGAUACUACUGGUUUUGUAUGUUUUUUUUUCUUUCAGACAACAGUGCAUAUAAUAGAGGUACAAUCUGUUGGAUUUUGUUUAUGUAUUUAUUUCAUUCCAGUUUGAUUUAUUUUAAUUGUUGAUAAGUUGUUAAACAGUAGACAUUACUUGUUUUAUUUAUGAUAUAUUUCAGCUUAAAGUUAUGUUAUUAUAUGUGGAUGUAAAUAUAGAUUUGGUGUUUUGCA